CCCGCUCGGGUUUCUGCAGACCCGCUGCGGCAGCGACGGGGGACCCUGAGCUGUGGCGUCGGUCCGACAUGUCCUCCCCUCUGAAGCACCCCAAGGGCUUUGCCCCGAUGUCCUGCUGCUGGUCCACUGAGACCAUGCAGAAGAGGCUGCCUUUCCUGGCCUGGCUGCCCAACUACACUUGGUACGCACUGAAGAUGGACUUCAUCGCCGGGAUCUCAGUUGGGCUCACAGUCAUUCCCCAGGCGCUGGCCUAUGCUGAGGUGGCUGGACUCCCUCCCCAGUAUGGCCUCUACUCUGCCUUCAUGGGGUGCUUCGUGUAUUUCUUUCUGGGCACCUCUCGAGACGUGACUCUGGGCCCCACCGCCAUCAUGUCCCUCCUGGUUUCCUUCUACACCUUCCGAGAGCCCGCCUAUGCCGUGCUGCUGGCCUUUCUGUCCGGGUGCAUCCAGUUAGGCAUGGGAUUCCUGCGCUUGGGGUUCCUGCUGGACUUCAUCUCCUGUCCCGUCAUUAAAGGUUUCACCUCGGCUGCCGCCAUCACUAUCGGUUUUGGGCAGAUCAAGAAUUUGCUGGGACUGCAGCACAUCCCCAGGCAGUUUUUCCUGCAGGUGUAUCAAACCUUCCACAACAUCGGAGAGACCAGGGUGGGUGAUGCGGUGCUGGGGCUGGUCUGCAUGGUGCUGCUGCUGGUGCUGAAGCUGAUGCGGGACCACGUGCCUCCCGUCCAUCCCGAGAUGCCCCCUGGCGUGCGGCUCAGCCACGGGCUGGUUUGGACUGCCACCACAGCUCGAAAUGCCCUGGUGGUCUCCUUCGCUGCCCUGGUCGCCUACUCCUUCGAGGUAACAGGAUACCAGCCUUUUGUUCUGACUGGGAAGACUCCCGAGGGCCUCCCCGACCCCAGCAUCCCCCCCUUCUCAGUGGCCACCACCAACGGGACCAUCUCCUUCACCCAGAUGGUGCAGGGCAUGGGAGCCGGGCUGGCCGUGGUGCCUCUGAUGGGUCUCCUGGAGAGCAUUGCAGUGGCCAAAUCCUUUGCUUCUCAAAACAAUUACCGUGUUGACGCCAACCAGGAGCUGCUGGCCAUUGGCCUGACCAACAUCCUGGGCUCCCUCUUCUCCUCCUACCCGGUCACAGGCAGCUUUGGACGGACGGCUGUGAACGCCCAGUCGGGGGUGUGCACCCCAGCAGGGGGCCUGAUGACAGGCGCCCUGGUGCUGCUGUCGCUCGACUACCUGACGUCGCUCUUCUACUACAUCCCCAAGUCCGCCCUGGCCGCCGUCAUCAUCAUGGCCGUGGCCCCCCUCUUCGACACCAAGAUCCUGGGGACGCUCUGGCGCGUCAAGAGGCUGGACUUGCUGCCCCUCUGCGUGACGUUCCUGCUGUGCUUCUGGGAGGUCCAGUACGGCAUCCUGGCGGGGACCCUGGUGUCCGUGGUGAUUCUGCACUCCGUGGCCAGACCCAAGAUUCAGGUGUCGGAGGGGCCAGUGCUGAUCCUCCAGCCGUCGAGCGGCCUGCACUUCCCUGCCAUCGAGACCCUCCGCGAGAUGGUACUGAGCCGGGCUCUGGAAACAUCCCCGCCACGCUCGGUGGCCCUGGACUGCACCCACAUCUUCAGCAUUGACUACACAGUGGUGCUGGGACUCGGGGAGCUCCUGGAGGACUUCCACAAGCGGGGCGCCACCCUGGCCCUCAUCGGCCUGCAGGUUCCCGUUCUCCGUGUCCUGCUGUCUGCUGACCUGAAGGGCGUCCUGUACUUCUCCACCCUGGAAGAAGCAGAGAAGUACCUGAAGCAGGAACCCGGGACCCAGCCCUACAACAUCAGCGAAGACUCUGUCCCGGAGCACAAGGUGGCCCUGCUGAAGGCCUGACGGGCGCCACUGGGCGCCCCUGGCGGAGGGUCUCUGGAAGGUUCUUGUCACUGUGAUGCCGGAUGCCGCCUUGCAGCAGAUCUGAGGAGCCCGCAGGUGCCCCGAGGACGGGGAGGGACCGUGUGGGAUCCGCAGGGACUCCUCCCGUCCGUGGAGGGCGGAGGAAGGCCUCCGGGCUGUUCCGUGGACCUGAACACUUUUAAAGAGCGGUUUGGAGAGAGCCUUCUAGAAUGGUAGACCGGGCAGGGCAGUGACGUCAGCCCGGUCUAGGAGAGCAGUCCUCCCGGCCCAGCGCCUUCCUGGAUUUCGGGGCAAUGGGGAGGGCGGGCAUCUCUCAGGGGGCUUCCCUUCUUGAUGGCGGCGGCUGUGCUGUUGUUGGGAGGAAAACCAAGGUUUGCCAAAUGACUGAAAGCGUCUAUUAAAAAUAACUUUACGGUGUUUUCUAAGUGUGAAAAAGUACAGCUUUGGUGUUUUUGUAAAAACCAUAAAUGCUCAUUGUAACAACUGCGGGAAGCAUCUCUGUCAUCCACUCGGUGGUGGCCCCGGGCCGCCUCCCUCCCGCGCGCGUCCGUGGGACGUCGGCUCGCGGGGUGGGCUUCCGGUCACGUCAGUGGGAUCAUUUCAUCCAUGGUGCUCUGUGACCCCCAUUUUCAUGCAGCCGUUGCUGUGGACUACUUGUUGUGAUAAUAAAUAGAGACUAUAUGAUUA